UCUGUACUUAAAACAAUGGCCUCUGACAAGAAGAAGCACUCAUCAAAAAAGAAGUCUUCCGACAAGAAGAAGGGCGGGGACCAUAAGUCAAAAAAGAAAUCCAGUAAGGCCCAUGGAGUUUUAAAUGAUAAUCUUCCAAAGAUAUGUUAUGGUAUAGCUGUUUCCGAUCUGCUACAUGCCUUGUAUUUCACUAUACAGGCGAUGAUUCUUCUGGUGCAUCAGUUUAGCGCGUUUGCUAUGCUGGCGCUUCUGGGUGUCGUUUUUUGGGUAGUAAUGGUCGUUGCUCUGAUUGUUGGUCUCUGGAAGCGCAAACCAGGUUUGGUACGAUUCUGGCUUAUGUUUUCAUUAGCAGGCUUUGUCGUUGAUAUAGUAUUUUUGCUUUGGGGCAUAGCAACUUCAAUCACUGUGGACUGGGACCGCCUUCAAGAGUUCUUUAUCAUCUUUCUUGGCAUAUUUAUUGAAAGCACCUCUAUAUAUCUUAUACAUCGGUAUUAUGUAAUAAUUAGCCAGAAACGAAAAAAAAGGAUCUUAUGCUGUCAGCGAAAUAGCGAUAAGAAAAAGUCGGAUAAAAGCUCAAAAAAGAAGAAGAAAGGGAAAAAAUAAUCACAAACUAUUUAUAUUUGCAUGUGCCACUUCACUAGUUGGCUUUGUUUUUCCCAGCCAAUUAAAUUGUAUAUU